AUGAAGAUGUUUCGUGGGUCGCUCCGCCUUAUUUAUUUCAUAACAACGUCAAAUAUCAAGGAAAUAGCCUUACACCGACAACCCUUUUGCAACUACUAUCUCUCUCGGAGAAGGGCUGCUGCGACUUGCGAUAUGGGAGUCAAAGUUCAUAUCAUCUAUUGCGGUGGAUGAGGGUACAGGCCCAAGUUCACCAGACUCAAGACACAGCUUGAGGAUGAAUUCCCAGGUGAUCUUGAGAUUACUGGUGAAAGCACACCUUCAACCUCUGGGUGGUUUGAGGUGGAGGUGAAUGGCAAGUUGGUCCACUCAAAGAAGGAGGGGUCAGGCUUUGUGGACAACGAGCAGAAAAUGGCAACAUUGGUUGAUGCCAUUGAUAAGGUGUUGGGGAAAUAAGAUAGUGCUGAUUAUGGAGUCUGAUCUCUGUUAGUCAUCUCCUUGACAUUGCAUAAUGAUGGUGGUGCUCCAAUUGUCAAAGACAUGGGUGCUGCUUGAUGAAACCUGCUCUGCCAGGGAGGUGCCCUGCAGAUUGCUUCAACUCCUACAGUAGCACUGCUUUUGUAAGAUGGUGGGUGAUACAAAGGGAGAAUAUGCUGUUUAUUUGUCAUUGAAACAUAACAUUUCAAUUGAGCUUCUUACGUUGUUCCAUUAUUUGUACUUUUAGGCAUGGUCAAGCUUUACAACAUUUAACAUUGUAUGUAUCUUCCCAAAUGUUGAUGCGACUAUGAAAUGCAAGUUCUUAACUUCUAUUUAGUUUGUAUGUCCACUUUCUUCUCUUAGUUUGUAUAGAAAUGCAUAUUGCAAUGUCCAGUAGACUAGUGAGUGACAGUGACACCCUUGGUAAACAUGCCUCAAGGAAAAUUAUAGAGCUGCACUGUCUGGUUCUUGAGUGUCUUUGUUCUAUGACCGAUAAAUAGGAUACAUUUUAAUCUUAAACAGCAUCUAUUUAGUGUAAAAACAAGACUGUUAACCAUUUAGUGUUACAUUUAUUUGGGGUUUUAUACACAUUUCUAUAAACAUUACAGUAGUUUUAAUCUACAUUCAA